AUGGCGUCUGUACAAACGCUGAUUCCGUUGCUAUCUGCAUCCACUUCUUCUACUAAAAGACGCUUGAAUGAAUUUACAGACGCUUCACUCUGCUCGUCUAAAAUUUCAAACAAAAAUACUGUACCCAUCGAUGUAAACGUUGCAAGUAAAGACGAGCACUGUCGUGUCGAUCUAGGCGUUAUGGAGCCAAUACAUGGCACCAUUCAAUGCGUUGAUUGUGGUGAACAGUUUAUUUUUGCAACUGAUUUGGUUGCACACAGUCAAAAAACGCAACAUCGACCGUUUGCUUGUUUAUCUGAAGGUUGUAAAAAGCGCUAUACGAAGCGUGAGCAUUUGACACGCCACGUUGAGACUGUGCACGUACGUGGUACAUUCCAAUCACUGGAACAACGUAAACCGUUUCAAUGUGAGCUUUGUGAUGCUCGAUUUACAUAUAACCAUGGACUCACACGUCAUAUUAAACGCUCGCAUCGAAAUGUAAACUUGCCAUUUGAAUGUGCCGAGUGUCUAAAGGGGUUUAAGAAAAAGAAUGAGUUUCAAGCGCACUCGUAUGUGCACACUGGUGUAUUACCUUUUGAGUGUGAAGAAUGUGGAGAACGGUUCUUAAAACGAUUUUGGCUAACACGGCACCAAAGGAAGCAUGAGGCAAACAAGGAGGCAGAUACUCAAGUAUACGUGUGUGUUUGCGGUGAGAUAUGCUUUGAUGGUGAUGAGCUCAAGAGCCAUAAGCAAUCAGAGCACACGAGUGGGGAUAGGCAUGGCACUAUCGUAGACUUCGACAAGCAAGUACCGACGUAUGUGUGUCUUGUGUGUGAUCAAACUUUUAGUAGGAAGCAGUAUCUACGUGCCCAUUUGCGCACACAUUUCGAAUCGUUAGAUGAUCGCAAGCAGUACACAUGUCCGAUGGACGGCUGUGACAAGACAUACACACGCUCGUCAAAUUUGAUGACACAUUACAACGCAGUCCAUGACAUGCACAAGUCGAAGCGAUUUGCGUGUCCGCAAAAUGGCUGCACAGCACGAUUCGGCUAUAAGACGGUUCUGAAGCACCAUAUUGAAAGCAUUCACGAGAAUCCAAAGCCAUCUAUAAAGCGCAAACGCAAAUCUGUGAGUAUUUUUGAAAGAGCGCUUGGAGUGAACCAAUUUGCUGAGCAAGAACUACACGACACUGCUGUAAGCAGUGAUGUGAAAAAAGAGCUGAACUGA